GGCUCACCCACAGCUCACAGAGGGACCAGCACAGACUCCUGACAGCUCGCUCCAUGUUGGGUUUACAUGAAUUGACAAACUACCACUGAACUCUCUGCUGAAGCUCACAUUUACUCUGUGAAGAUAUGCCUCAAUCCAGGUGCACAACAGGAAGCAGUUCAGCACAAGUUCUUCAUUCAGGAGCUUCCUCUUUCCCUGAAUGCCACAUGCAGGAUGUUCUGGUUUCCCUCCUUCAAUGAACAAAGAACAACCUGCACAAAGCAGUAGAAGUAAUAAUCCUUCAAGAUGGCUGUCACUUCACUCAAUAUUAAUCAGGACCCAGGAGCUGGCCUGGUUGAGGUGAACAUAUGUAUGCUUGAGAUUAAUAUCAAGUAUGAAAUCAUCUCAUCUGUUGUCUGCUCUGUUUGCCUUUCAUUCGGCCUCAUCUUCACCUUUUUCGGAUACCGCUGCUUCAAGAUGGUCAUGUUCUUCUCUGGCUUCAUGUUUGGCGCGACAACCAUUCCCUUGUUGUACCACAAGGAGCCCGUGUUGGGCGCCCAUUUGGGGCCAGAGACGAAGGCAGGGAUCGGCCUGGGCGUGGGUGUGCUCUGUGGGCUGAUGACCAUGCUGGUGUCCACAAUGGGACUCCUCCUCAGCGGGCUGCAGCUGGGGAGCCUGCUCUCCCUCGCCAUCCUGGUGGUCAUCGGACAGUUUCACAGCCUUACUCCAGCGUGGGUGCCUCUCACUGUUGUGCUGGCUGCCAGCAUCUCCGCUGCUCUCUUCACUCUGAAGUGGCAGAAACUGUUCACCAUCAUCUACACAUCUGUGUUCGGUGCCUCCGCCGUGAUGCUGUGUGUGGAUUACCUGGUGGGGACGUUUACGCUGCCAGAUCAGGUGUAUGAUGUGUUUUGCCAAGUUGCCCCAAGUCCACUCUGCUGGUUUAACUGGGCGAUUGCUGGGAUCUGGCCUGUUAUGGGUCUGAUGGGUGUGUUGGUGCAGUGGGGUUUUACUGCCAAAGGAGUAUCACACACAGAUGCUGCAUACAAAAAACACAAGAAACAUGUGAAGAAGCACAGAUAUAAAGAGUUAAGGAGAAGACCUCAACCACAUCGUCGGCGCAGGCCUCCACCGCUGAAACGCUACGCUGGGGACGUCCUGGCGCCAAGUUAUCUCCAGAGCCUUCAGGAGCGCCAGGUGGAAACAGGCUCCUCCAGCAGCAGCGUCAGCGCCGUCAGACAUACUCUAAUUGACUUUGACUUUGAGACGGGCUCAAUGGUGCCUUUGACUGCUGCCUCGCCUGCCUAUACAGUCUGAAGAAACACAGCAUCGGAUGUUUGUGACCUAUCUGAUGAAUCCAUUACGUGUUACGCCGAUAGAUCAAAGAUUUCUUUGAAAUCUGCACUUAAUACAAAAACAAUUCAACCUGUUUUCGACUACCAGUGUUAAUCCACUUUAACCGGCUUCUUCAGAUAAUCCUCGAGAUGCGCACGGUGAGAUUUCAGAUCCUCGGAGAUCAUCCCCAGAAUGAUGACAACACAACAUGCACAGUCAUCAGACUCGUCAUCAUCGCUUCCUUUAAAUAGUUUUAUCUCACCGAAACUUUGUGUUUUACAGUUGAGCUGUUUUCUUUCACAUGAUGGAAUAAUACUUUUUAAUUCUCCAAAUACUAUGUACCAUGUCUCUAGAUACGGUUGUGUUGUAAAUUGAAGUUAAAGUAUUACAGUUAUAAACAACUAAUUCAUGUAUGCAAUUAAAUUUAGUAGAUACAUCCGAAAAGUGGGGAAUGUUCGGACAAACAACCAAUAAACUAGUGAUUUGA